AUGGAGAAGUACCCGGACAUCGCCAAGGGCUUUACAAAAAGGGAUAAACAAUUAGUAGACUCCCUUUGUCAGCAACUAGCCGAAUCACUAAACAGUGCUGGCCCGCCUACAAAGGAUAUAACUGGUUGGAAAAAGGUAUGGACGGACUGGAAGAGUGAGGGGAAGAAGUUGGUGCAGAAUAAAGCCGAGGAACGCGCCACUGGUGGAGGACCCUUUUCCAAGAAUACACUGACCCAGACGGAGGAGAGUAUUGUGCGUACUUGCGGAAUGGUGCAAAGCGUUGAAGGUUUCUCAGGAUCAGCACUUGGUCUCGAGGAAGAGUACCUCAUAUCUAGUGAAGAUGACAUGCCUUCAACUUCUGCGAAACGUCCACGCCUUCAAUGUCUGCAAGUUCAAAACCCAACAGCGAAGAAAAGCACAAGUGAGCGUCUAAACAAAUUUAUGCAGUUGGAUAAGGAAGCGGGACGUCCGAAAUAAAAUGGACGCUAUGUUAAAAAUU